AUGGAUUCGCCACUCUCAGUAUGUGAAGUCGAAGAUUUCGUCAAAACCUACCUACCAAACGAUCACUUGGCCAAUUUCGACUCGGUCAUGGAGUAUCUGAAGGACCAGAAGGUCCUUGCACCUCGUGGAAGUUCUUUGGCCCAAUACCCAUCACCCUUGCAACGGCGACCAGUGUAUACUCACGCAUUAAAAGCCUUCAGAGGUCUAUUCCGGGCCCGUCACGCGAAGCCGGCUACAGUCGUCAAGUCCUUGAAGGCGAUCGGUACCGCCGUUCGCAAGGCGUUGGAAAAGGUCAAAGCUGCCGGUAUUAACGAAUGCUCCAUUCGUUCUAGUGAGGUCCAAGGCCCUGUAAUCAACGCCUGUCUUACCGCCAACGUCGACAGCGCGUUCCAUCCAACCAACAUGGCUGUUCCUUUGAGGGUCGCUGCGGAUGAGGAAAAAGAGGAACCCAUGGAAGCCCUUCCCCGGUUAUUCGACGUUAUCAAUUCAGAUGCCCGUCGCACGUUCACCUAUGCGAUCACGGUCCAAAGGGAUAAGCUAUCCAUUUGGUACCUAUCUCGAUCAUUGUGCGUGAGGUCGACACCAUUCAACAUGACGGAGCACCCGGACCUCCUGAUCCAGGCCCUGACGUGUAUAAUGCUGGCAACCCCGGAGCAACUGGGUUACGACCCUUUGGUAACCCUACUCCCGGACCUGAGCUACGUGUACGAAUUACCGCCAGACCACAACAGGGCCAACUCUCUAUACUACCGGACAACGGAGCUCAUCUCGCAGUACCACUCCGCUGACACGGCGGGACGGAGCACAAGGGUCUGGAGAGUGAAGCAAGUCACCUCGUCCGCGAGGCCAGUAGACCUACCUGGAGCCUCUGACAUGGUGCUGAAACAUGUCUCGGUGGAUGCAACCAUGCCGACAGAACGCGAGGUCCAGGAACAACUUUUCAGUGACAUUUCGGCGUUUGGCAAACUCAAGAACUGGAGAGAGAACGAUGUGUUGAAGGAGAUGCCGAAGGAUGACUUGGACGUCCUUGCCGAGGCGCUGAAGGGAGACAAUUUCCGCCAGCUAUUCUCUUGCAUCAUCGCCCACCACGUUGGUGAACCGGCCUCCACUCCUUCCACAGAGGCUGUGAAGUUAUCAAAGCCUCGUUGUCCCAAGCGCAAAUGCUUCUUCGUUUAUGAGCUCCUGUGUACACCGCUCUCCAAGAUUCCUACCCUUGGCGAGGCGAUUGACGUGAUUAAACAGUGUGUCACAGCCUUACGACUGAUGUGGUGCGCUGGGUGGGUCCACCGCGAUGUCAGUAUCGGGAAUAUACUUGCAUUUCGACCGUCACAGGACUCUCCAUGGGAAGUCCGACUGACCGACCUGGAACAUGCGAGGAGGUUCCCCGAUCCGAACGUCCUCGGCGACGAUACCCCUAUCGGAACGCCGUACUUCAUGCCCGUUGAAUUACAAAACCGAGGCUACUACUUCCCUGCACUCGAGGAACGUCCUAAAGAGCGCAAGACAUGGUUCCCCGUCAAACCCUUGGUCCACAACUAUCAACACGAUUUAGAGUCCAUUUGGUGGAUAAUCCUUUGGCUCAUAACUGGGAGAACGACGAUACCUGUCUCACGCGCAUUUGCCGACCGGUAUUUUCGAAAUAAGGAUGCUCCUUCAUAUGGAGCUUCCCGUUCUUUUCUUCUCUCCGGACAGCAAUCGAUUCUCAGGGAUCGAGAAUUCCCCACAUCUCUCCCCCCGCGCCUGUAUCAGGGACCUUCCUUCCUUACUCACCUUGACGACCUCAAGAUUAACCUCCAUGUUGAAUACACCUCACGGAAUCGUGUUGGUAAGCAGGACGAUAGAAGGAGUUAUGCCUGGAUUGUCGGCGAAGGAGCUUCAGACUUCUUCAAUGACAUUGAAGAUUCUCGGAUGGACUGGGGCGGUAUCGAGCUUUUGGUCGCCGGUAACGUCGCUGUCAACGAUUCUGCCUCGUCAGCAAAGGGAAGCUCUGACGAUGCAUCGUGGCCGGAACGCCCAAAGCCGCCUCCGAAGCGACGAAUCGACGACGACGACACGGACGAUGAAGACCAACGGCCGCCACCGAGGAAGAAGGUCCGCGUUGUCCCAGUUCGGGGUUUUCAAGCACUGGUACAGCGAGCUGGCCCAGUCACGAGGUCUAUGGCUCGAAACCAGCGGCCUUCUGGCCCAACGACCAGAUCCACCACUCGCCGUCUGCAGCAAGAAGCGGCAGAGAACGAGCGCUCGAAACUAGCAAAACUUCCCGCCAGGAGAUCCCGCCGAUAG